CAGAGAUCACAGUGGGAGGUCUUACAAUCAGAGAACCGAGGUCAUCGGAAAGUAAACAUACCUUUGAUGGAACAGUAAACCAAACUUUGGAAUUGGUCUGCACAAAUAAAGAAAACUGGGGCAACAUUCACUGGGAAGUUUGCGAUGGAUCUGGUGUCAAUUAUUGCCAGUCACAAACACUCGCAGCUGAUAAAAUAUUAAAAUUAAACUUCACUCUAUCGGCGGAUAACAAAAAUACCACAGUAAAAUGUGUUCACACCUUCAAUGCUCUUAGAGAGGAGACUCCCGUAUUUUUGUAUGCAAAUGAGCCACCAGUUCUUACAACAAAAAAUGACAUGAUUUUGAAUUACACCAGAGGCACAGACACAUAUGUCAUAGAGCGAGAAGAUGAGGAAACGAUAAGAAUCAAAUGCAAAAGUCGAGAAAACUCUGGCUCGUUGUUCUGGAGAGAUUGCGACAAUGCUGCACAGAAAUCAUGCAACCAAACUCAGGAUAUUUAUAACAGAUCAAUAGAAAAAGUAAUACCAUGGAAUUCUGAAAAAAACGAGGUAUUUUUCUAUUGCGUAUACAAGAACAGCCGCAACUAUGAAGUUUCUUCCAAAGUAAAUAUUGUUGUACAUCCCAGCAUGUCUACCCGAUCAGUUCGAAGCGUUGAUGAGACUACAGUGAUCCAGAUGCCUUCGGAUUCGGAGUCAUCGACAUAUAUUAUUUUUGAGGGAAAAAUCGGUGAACGUAGACGUUAUGAUUGUAAGAACAAUCAUUGGAAAGAAACCAGCACAGUCCAUUGGGAAUUUUGCGAUGAAUAUGGUAUGAAUUGCAGCCGUUCAGAUAUGAUAUUUUAUACAAAUUUGACACAAGACAUCACUUUGGCAGAAGGAUCCAAUGGCACCAUAGCAAAAUGUGUACUUUCGUUUGACCAUUACGAUGAUGGCAUUUAUAAAAAAACCAUACGUUUAUACGCAUAUCACCCACCAAAGCUUACAAAUAAAGAUGGCGUAGAAUUCCAAUCCUAUAACACCGACAACUACGUCGUGGAAGGGACUGACGGUGAAAAUAUUAAAAUUAGAUGUUUCAAUAGACAAUACACUGGGGCCUUGUUCUGGCGAACGUGUAACGAUACUACGUCAGAAUUAUGUGAAACUGAAGACGGUACAAAAUGUAAUAUGAUUGAAAAAUCAUUUUGGUUGAAACCAGAUCUUAAUGGAACGCUCUUGUAUUGUGUAUUUAAGACUGAUCGCGGACAUGAAAUAGCUACUAAGGCUACAUUUGUGAUCCACCCUAAAACUCAGACACCACCGGAGCCAGUAACUCCUAAAACGAAGGAGGAUGAUAAGGAGAAAAAUUUCCCUGAUAUGUACAUAUACAUAAUCGUCGGGGUCGUGGUUGCCCUUAUAAUAAUAACGCAAAGAGCUGUAGUACUGUAUUUGAAGUGUAAAGCAAAAAGAACUGCCAGACUGGAGAGCUUGUCCCUCAGGGCCCAGGAUCAGGACGACAGCUCAAAAAGAUACAGCAGUUCUCCUGCCGUGAAAAUAUCCGCAUUUUCUAGAAUAAUGAAUAGAACAUCAAAUAGAGAUGACAACAACAUCUAUGAGACGGUUGACGAAGUAAGAAACGCGGAAAGGGAAACCAGUCCUGAGCCGAACAUCAGUAAAAGACCGCCUCUGCCGCUGCCAAUUCAUUCUCACGAAGCUAUUCUGCUAGGUCUGGCGCCGGCAGGGCCGCGCCGACCGCCGCCAGCGCCUGUGUGCGGACGGAACCUAUGAAGCGCCCUAUGUUCUAAUGAAUCGUCAUAAAAAAACGAAUUUAAAUUUUUAACGAAUAUUGUACUUGUUAAUUUUGACUAAAAUAAAUGUUCUCCAGUUUUACAGUACCUACUUAGAUAAUAAUUUAUCAUAAGUGUAUUAUAACUGGAAACCACUUAGGAAUUAGGAUACUAAAUAGGUAAAUCCCGUUCGUUCUGCUUGCCAAUUACUACGAACAAGAAAACUGGAACUAAAUUUUUACAUACUUAAUACAAAGAAUUGUAUACUUAAAUAUUAAUAACAAAGAAGCUGACUUUUUUCUAAUCAUAAUAAUACUAAUAUGACUAUUACGUACCUACCUAUGCUAUGUUUGAAAAAACAGCAAGUCUAACAUUUGGUAUCUUGACUUCUAGUGAUUGUACACAUUUAAAUUAAUUUGCCAAUUGAUUGUUUAAUUAUUUAUGUAUAUUGACUUAUAUUUAAAAAUAUUUAUGUUACUGUGUUGACAUUAGUGAAAUAGUACGCAAUGUUUGACUGUACUGCAUGUUUGUAAUAUUAUAUUAUAUUGUAAUAAUGCCUACUAUUUACGUUGCAAUGCCCAGCAGGGUACAUAUUGUUUAGAUCUAAGACACUACAAUUUAACAUCCAAUGUACUACAUGAUGCAAUGAAUAAAUGAAUUUGAAUUUGAAUUUGAA